AUGUCCUCAUGUCCUCAUGUCCUCAUCUCUUCAGCUGCGCCGCCUAUCAAUAGAUUUCUCUGUUCUCCCCUUCUCCAGACCACCCUUACCCACCCUUUCCACCAGCCUCUAGAGUUCCAGAGACACGGAUCACCAGCCAUGGCUGGCAGCAAAGCCCGCGCCACUCCGGUGCGCGACAACAUGAAGUGCAUCCUCAUCUGCCUAGCUAUGUCGAUGGCCAACUGUCAGUACGGUUACGACACAGCUACCAUCGGUGGUUUCCAGGCCAUGGUUGGCUUCCUUCAGGUAUUCGGCUACAAAGACCCCAAGGGACCGACGGGGUACAACAUCGCGACGACGGUGCAGCAGCUCAUCACGUCCUUCCUCAAUGUCGGCACCAUCAUCGGCGUGCUUCUGACCGCCACCUGGGGCAAAUACUACGGACGCAAGCCCGCCAUCUGGGUCGCCUCCCUCAUAUCUUUCGUCGCUGCUGGCCUCCAGAUCGGCUCCGAGCACGUGGCCGCCCUCUACGUCGGCCGUAUCCUGAUUGGAGUCUCCAACGGCUUCUUCAUCACAUUCGCCAACGUCUACACCGCCGAGGUCAGCCCCGCCCAUCUGCGCGGCUCCAUCGUCUCCUUCUUUGGCAUCUGGGUCAGCAUCGGCAGCAUCCUCGGCGCCAUCGCCAACAACUUCGCCAAGAACAUCAAGAACAAGCACGCAUACCAGAUCCCGCUGGCCAGCCUCUACGCCAUCCCCUUCUGCCUUUCUGUCCUCGUGUUCUUCCUGCCCGAGUCGCCCCGCUGGCUGCUCGUUCAGAACCGCCCCGAGGAGGCCCGCAAGUCUCUCGAGAUUCUGCGCGGUAACUCGUUCCGGAACCACCCCGAGCUGCUCGAGGAGGAGUUCCAGGAGAUGAGCCACGGCAUCGAGGAGGAGAAGGAGCUGACCUCGGGCUCGUCGUUCAUGGACAUGUUCCGGGGCCCCGAUCUACGCCGCACCAUUCUCUGCUUCGCCGUCAUCGUGUCCCACACCUCGUCUGGCCUGUGGCUCGUCGUCGGCUACGCCACCUUCUUCUUCCAGAUGGCCGGCGUCGACCAGCCCUUCCUCGCCACCAUCCUCAAGAGCGUCUGCGGUCUCGUCGGCGUCAUCUCGUGCAUCUUCCUCGGGCAGAAGUACCUCGGCCGGCGCUCCAUGAUGCUCAUCGGCCAUUCCUCGUCCGCUCUGUUCAUGCUCGGCAUCGCGGUCGCCUUCACCGUUGCACCCUACACCAAGCCCGCGGGUAAGGCGAUCAUGGCCUUCGCGCUGCUGUACCAUGGCUUUUACAACGGUUUCUCUGGUGCGCUCAGCUGGCCCAUCGCCACUGAGCUAUGCAGCUCGCGGCUGCGUGUCAUCACCAUCGGCACGGGUACGGGUGUCAACUACGUCUUUGCCUGGUUGACCUCCUUCACCGCGCCAUACUUUAUCAACAAGGAGAAUCUGAACUGGGGCCCGAAGUACGCCUACAUCUGGGCCGGAUCCAACCUCAUUACCUUCAUCUUCUUCCUCUUCUUCCUCCCCGAGAUGAAAGGCCGCUCGCUCGAGGAGCUGGACGAGCUCUUCCAGAACCGCGUGUCGGUGCGCGACUUCCCCAAGUAUCAGUGCGUCUCAUCGGAGCGGGCCAAGGAGGUGGCGCUCAAGGUCACGCACGUCGAGGUCAGCGAGCAAACGCAGCCCCAUCAGGUAAAGGAGGUCAAGCCCGACGAGGAUGAGGUGCGGAACAAGGUCUAA